GGGGAGCAGAAGGCAGGUUUGAGCUGUUGCGUUGGGUCGUGGCGGAGCUUCGCCUCAGGAGCGGGGCUGAGGCGGCCGCGAGGAAGACUGGGGUCCGCCAACCGCCGUCCGUUCUCCCUCGCUCUCUCCACCCCAUCCCGGGGAUCCUGCCAUGAAUGUGGACGUGGAGUUUCACAUUCGCCACAACUACCCCUGGGCCCGCCUCCCCGCCAGCAUUAAGCAGGGUCUUGGAAACUCACAACGAGAAUAUGAAAAGCAGGUUGUGCUGUACAGUAUCCGCAAUCAACUACGGUACAGAAAUAACUUAGUUAAGCACAUCAAGAAAGAUGAACGCAAAUACUACGAGGAUCUGUUAAAAUAUAGCAGAGAUCAUCUUAUGUUAUAUCCCUACCAUUUGUCUGACAUCAUGGUGAAAGGCUUGAGGAUAACGCCUUUUUCAUAUUACACAGGAAUAAUGGAGGACAUAAUGAACAGUGAAAAAAGUUACGAUUCGUUGCCUAAUUUUACUGCUGCAGACUGCUUAAGACUUCUUGGCAUAGGAAGAAAUCAGUACAUUGAUCUGAUGAACCAGUGUAGGUCAUCAAAAAAAUUUUUUAGAAGGAAAACUGCUCGCGACCUGCUACCCAUGAAACCAGUAGAAAUUGCCAUAGAAGCUUGGUGGGUGGUACAAGCUGGUUAUAUCACAGAGGAUGACAUCAAGAUAUGCACUCCCUCUGAAAAAUCUGCAGUUGAUAAAAUCAUUGAUUCAGGUCCUCAGCUUGCUGGAGCCCUAGACUACAGUGUUGUUCACAGCUUAUAUAAUAAAGGGUUUAUCUACCUUGACGUACCGAUAUCUGAUGACAGUUGCAUAGCAGUGCCACCACUUGAAGGAUUUGUUAUGAACAGAGUUCAGGGAGAUUAUUUUGAAACUCUGCUGUACAAGAUAUUUGUUUCCAUAGAUGAACACACAAACGUUGCAGAGCUGGCAAAUGUCCUAGAGAUUGAUUUGUCACUUGUGAAGAAUGCUGUUUCCAUGUACUGCCGGUUAGGGUUUGCCCAUAAAAAGGGUCAAGUAAUAAAUCUGGAUAAUCUUCAUUCAUCAUGGCGGAAUGUUCCCUCUAUAAACAGGCUAAAAACUAUGUUGGACCCCCAGAAGAUGCUGUUAUCCUGGGACAGUGCAGAAAGCAGAAGUCCUGCGCAAGAGGCCGGCUCCUCUGCUACCGAUACAGAUACAAACAGUCAAGAUGACCAAGGAGAUACAGCCAGUGUGAACAGCUUAAAUCUGUCCAGCGCACACACGAAGAGAAUAGCAUUCCUCUUUGAUUCAACUCUAACUGCCUUUUUAAUGAUGGGGAAUCUUUCACCAAAUUUGAAAAGUCAUGCAGUCACCAUGUUUGAAGUGGGGAAAUUGUCAGAUGAGUCACUGGAUAGUUUUCUUGUGGAACUUGAAAAGGUUCAGAGCACCGGAGAGGGUGAAGCUCAAAGGUACUUCGAUCACGCCCUUACCCUGCGAAACACGAUCCUGUUUCUGAGGCACAAUAAGGACCUCGUGGCUCAGGUCACGCAGGCUGAGCAACCCAGUAAUGGUUUUCCUCUGGAUUUACUCCGCUGUGAAAGCUUGCUUGGCUUGGAUCCUGCCACCUGCAGUAGAGUUUUGAACAAAAACUACACACUGCUUGUCUCCAUGGCACCCCUCACCAAUGAAAUUCGACCCACCAGCAGCUGCACACCCCAGCAUAUUGGGCCAGCUAUUCCAGAAGUGAGCUCUGUGUGGUUCAAGCUCUAUAUUUAUCAUAUUACUGGACAGGGACCUCCAUCCCUGUUAUUAUCUAAAGGCACAAGACUUCGAAAACUUCCAGAUAUAUUUCAGGGCUAUGACCGCUUAUUAAUAACAUCUUGGGGACACGAUCCAGGGGUAGUCCCCACAUCAAAUGUGCUUACUAUGUUGAAUGAUGCUUUAACCCAUUCUGCUGUUUUGAUUCAGGGACAUGGCAUACAUGGUGUGGGGGAAACUGUCCAUAUACCAUUUCCACUUGAUGAAACAGAACAGCAAGGAGAUUUUUCCCGUCUCAACAUGGGCGUGCACAAAGCACUGAAGGUAUUGAGAGAAAAGAUGGAUCUGCAGCACUUCUGUGGCUACAUAACCAUGUUGAACCCUUUCAGUCACCAUGCAAAGAGGAAGUUGAGUGAUGCAUCUGACGGAAAAGAUGAGCCAGAGCUUGCACUGAGCUCAGAUGUAAAUGGAAGCACAGAAUCUUUUGAAAUGGUCAUUGAAGAGCCACCGAUAGAUCCUGCUGCUAAACCAAGUCCAGAAGCUCCUACAACAGAACCGGAGUGGGUUCCCCUGGAGUUGAGCUUCGGCAUCCCACUGUUCAGCUCAGAGCUCAACCAAAAAGUCUGUCGCAAGAUUGCGAGCCAUGGAUUGUGUAGCAGAGAGAGCCUUCAAAAACUGUUACAUUCCAGCAGAAAACUUUCCCUGCAGGUCCUUAGCUUUGUUCAUUCAUUCCAGGAAAAUAUUUCAACCAUGGAGUUGCUUUCAGAGGCCAGUUUUUCUUCAUCUUCUUCCUCUACAUCAAGUUUACUUUCCCAUCCAGCUUCUGCCGACUCUGGGGUUCCACUUCCUGCCAAGAAUCUCACGUUUAAGGAUGGCGUAUUAUCGGAAUGGAAGGGACGCUCUCCUUCCUCUGUCUUUAUUGCAGCCAUGCCACCAGAACACCUAAAAUAGCAUGCAGGGUCACAGCAUGGCAUUCACAUCUUGCCUUCUUACUCCUGGUAACCAACUGAAUUCAACUCACAGUGCCAACCUUCUGAAACUUGUGAUGCUAUCACAGUACGUCCCCUGCAGUGAUUGUGUUAUUAAUGCGUGUGAUGUUACAUUUCAGUUGAGGAGGGAGAGGCAUUCCGUCUCCCCAUUUCUUGCAUGUUCUGCCCUAACAAAAAAGCUUUGUUAGUUGUUGGCCUGUCUCUAUCUCAAGACAAUCGAUCUUUCUUUUUUAACAGAGAGUCCCCUUCCUAAGCUUUCUGAUCAUUGAAUUUCUGUGCUGUCGCAAGGGAAAAUAGCAAUUUUAUAUAUUAGUAAUGCCAACCUUAAAUUUGCCUGGUUCUUUUGUAUUACGAUAAUACACAACAGUUAAAACAGUUUUGGGGGCUAGAAAGGCACAAAUUACACUCAAAUAAUGCUACAUAGCUGUCUGUGAUUUGGUGAUGCUCUUGGGGGCUAGUAGUACAAGGGACUAUCGCUGACCUGGUCUGUUAUCUACCUGAUCAAAACAAUGGUUGGAAGAUUCCGGCAUCAAGACAUUGAUGCAAUUUUGUACGGGGUUUUAAUCUUAUAUUUUAUGAACAUCUGCAGAUGCCUCAUGGGAAAACAUUAAGGGGUUUAAUUAAUGUUUCCUUUCUAACAGAAAACCUCCGCACAUGGCCACAUCAUUGUAGAGUAGCUAUGCAAUAGUUCUGCACAUGAUGGAUUUCAACCCCUAGUCAUCUGUUCGUGUGAACUCAUCAUCAUCAUCAUGUGUGGAAUUUUGAAAGCUGCAACAAGUGUCCCAAAAGCUGAGCUUUGAAGAUUCGGGUCUGUUCACUUGGGUUUCAAGCACACUUCAUCAGGCAGCUUUGAAAAUCGCUAGGUGAAAAGAUCUGUCCUGAAAAAUAGACCGUAGGCGAGCUUCUUUGGCACACUCUGAAUGCAGUCCACAAACUAUUUGGACAUGAGGUCUACCGCAUCCCAUGCUGUUGAGGCUGCAUUGGAAGAGUUUUCAGUGGGUUCUGCUCAGGGUAAUUCAGAUCCUCAAGCAGAAGGCCAAACUCAUGAAAACGUUUACCUACCAUGUAGGAAUAGACAGAUAGAUGGAGAUACUAGUACUAUAAGCAAGGUAUUAAAAAUAUAGGCAAACUUGAUACUGAAUUGGGGAGCUUUGGGAGGAUAAUCCCCUGGGGAAUUUCCUAAUGCCCCUGAAAAAAAUAUGCCCAAAUGCAGGUUGCCUGUUUAUAUGGCUUCCAUUUGUUUCAGUGGAAUUAAUGCAGGAGGGUGUUCCAGCAGAUUCAAGGGGCAUCAGCGGUUGAGGUGUUUUGUUCCUUAUUUAAAAAGUUAAUAGAAAUGAUUGUGCUGGAGUCUUUCUAGAUUUUAUCAGUGUUCCCUUUCUAGGAGGGAAAGAGAAAUGUGCACAGUGUUGUUUAAAAAUUAGUUUUGUAGGGUUGAUACACGUUCUGUAAUGUGGUUCUACUAAGUUCAGGAUAUUCUCGGCAGUUGCGAAGUUUAAAAACGCAGCUGUAAGAAGUUAGGAAUUGGAAUUGUUUUCUAAAAUCAUUGUGGCCUAUAGCGGAUGAUCCAGGACUUGUGAGAAGGGCAUUUAUUUUCUUUAACUGGAUUUUUUCUUUUUCUUUUUUUUAAUGCAAAUCAGCAGGCUUGAAUGGUAGGAAUGUUUGGGGGACCAAGAAUUUUGAGAGCAUUAGUGUGACAUUCCAAGAGGAUAUAGCAGGAAAUGUUUGUUUUUUUUUAAGGGAUUUAUUGUCCAUAGUUUGAAAAUGAGAACUUCAGUGGUUGGAUAUUAUUUCAUUUUUUCUCCCUCUCCCUUGCUCAUUCCCUCCCUCACAUACUCUCUUAUACAGACACUCACAUAUGCAAAACUGUAGUCACCUUCUAUUCACCAGUACUGGGUUCUGUUCUUCUGAAGAGCAGGAAUGGCCAAAUUUGUAUGAUGCUUGUAAGAAGCUUUUAGCAGUCUUUCUCUCCUUUCCCAGCAUACUUUUAUUCUCCCUUUCCUCUUUAUAUGAGGAUAGGACUUUAAUAUUACGGUUAACAGACUUACCACGUAUAUGUCAGUACUUCAAAUACCACAGCUGUUACUUAACAGCCUUCUAACCAACAGGAAAAACAAACAGGAAGAGGAUGCAAAUGAAGAUUGAUUGCAGUUCAGAAGCCAGUUAUUCUCCAAAAAUGUUGGGAUGCCAAAUGAUUUGGGAAGGGGCACCAUUCAGGAAGCUGGCCCAUUUCUGGGCAUAAACAGCAGCUUGUUAUGCAGAAAUCUUCAGGCUGAAGACCAUCUCAUGGAGAUAACUAGAUAUCUCCAAGAUCUAGUACUUGCUGCUUAUCAAGUACUCUUUUAAAUAUUCGAUAAGUUGGCAGCUAACAUAGUUUGUCUAAAAUAAUUUGGUCUGCUUGAAUAAGUGACUUGUGUAUUGCAGCUACAUAAGGCAAGGAUUUAAGGAAUAAGGGAUAUCUAUUAUUAUUUUGCAUGAGAGUUAUCCUAAGAGCAGUGUUUCUCAACCUUGGCAACUUUCAGAUGGGUGGACUUCAACUCCCAGAGUUCCUCAGCCAGCAAGGCUUGCUGGGGAAUUCUGGGAGUUGAAGUCCACCCACUGCCUCAGAAGAACUACUUUAUCCCCCAGCUACUAUGAUGCGCUGCACCAAGAUUGGACUUCCCAGUGGGGUUGCUUCCAGAUUUGAUUACAGCAGUCCUUGUGACUUCCCUGCUCUCAAUUGCCCUCCUCUAAGGCUUCGGUGAACCCUAAUUGCCACCUUAAAAGGCUGCUGGUUCGGUUUAAUUCCAAUCCACAAGUACAAUGCAUAGAAGAUUAAAUUGCCCCCACCCAUACUGCCCAUGCUAUGACAACGUUCAGGCACUUUCCCACACCCUGUAAAUGUUUGAAUAUUGAGAAAUCAGUGGAUCUCCCACAUAUUAGGCUUUUCAGUGGUGGGACAGGAAUGAUGGCCAUUGUUGUCAUCUUGUUUGACUUAAAUAUAGAGUAGACGUCUGUACCCAGAAAUUCAUUGGAAAAUCCCCAAAUUUCAGGGUCGUCCUGCUAUUGCAAGAGAUGGGCUGAGAUUCCCAUCUCUGCUUGAAUCAGGCUUAUUUGAUUCCCAGCUGCCAGCUACCACAUUCCCUAUUUUUAGUCUUAUAACUAAUCUUAAAGCUUCCCUAAAACUACUAGUAGGCAAGUUACCUUUUUGGAUGCAGUUAUCACAAGGCAUUAGAAUCCAGAAAGGUAACAUUUAAACUUGAUAUGGAGGAGGUGCUGAACAGUGAAUAAUGGCUAUAUUCCAGAGGAGUGUUUUUCAGCCUUAGCAACUUUAAGGUGUUUGGACUUCAACUCCCAGAAUUCCCCAGCCAGCCAUGCUGGCUGGGGAAUUCUCGGAAUUGGAAGUCCACAUGUCUUAAAGUUGCCAAGGUUGAGAAACACUGUUCCAGAGGGUCAUGGAUGGGUGAGUAAGGAUCAUUCCAAGCCAUGUCUUUGCCUCACUCUGACAAACACCCCCUCUAUAACGGAAAACAGAGAUAUGAAGCAGAGGCUUAAUUUGUCUUUUUUUUUUUUUUGGCUGCUUAUGCUAUAUUUUAGGUCUUUUUGAAUGAUGAUUUAAAUAUACUGAGAACAAAGGUGAAAUUUUACAUCUGUUGAAUUGGAUUUUUUUUAUUGGUUCUGUUUGUUUGUUUAUUUGUUUUCCAGCAGCUUUUACUUGUCCAGAAUCAGGUUAGGAGUAUUUUAGGCCUUAACAUUUCAUAGUUUCUCUUUGUGCUUCAUUACUAAGAUGUAAUCUGCUUUUUGAAUUUAGAGUUAAUGAGACAUCCAGAAAUAAUAUUUUUAUUGGACUUGCUCUGUGAGUUUCUCCAGGAUGUAUUUUACUUUGAUGGCUCUUUUUUAUAUACAACCUCCCCUUCUUUCAACUACCUAACAGUCUAAAUUCUUUCUUUCAAUAAUGCUCUUAUUUUUCUUUGUAUUUCCCCACUGUUUUUAAUGCUGCUUGUAUCUUGGAAGGUUUUAAAACAUGGGAGAGUGACAUGAAACAAUCUGGUUUCUUUCUUCCUAAUCCUACUUUGACCAUAUACAGUGAAAUGUAUAAAUGCUGAAAUUCAGUUAACUUAUUGGCACAUGUAACAUAAAUGUUUACAAAUAAAAUUGUGUUGCUAGUC